AUGUCUGCCCCAUCAGGAACAGCUAUCGUUUUGAUCGAUCCUUACAACGACUUCCUCCACUCGGACGGGAAACUUACAUCGGCGCUCAAGGACCUUGAUGAGAAAAAUACCAUCAAUCACCUAAAAGAGGUAGUUGCAAAUGCGCGUCUCCAUGGUGUUCCUAUAUACUAUGGUUUGCAUCAACAGUGGAUACCAGACCAUUACAACGGAUGGCAGCAUAUGACCCCGAACCAUGUCCGCCAGCAAGAAGUACGCUUGUUUGAGGAGGGAAGUUUUGGUUCUCAGAUCUAUGAAGGCCUAGAGCCAGACCCAAAGAAUGGUGAUGUGGUUGUGAGCCGCCACUGGUGCAGCGAUUCGUUUUCAAAUACCGACCUGGACUUUCAGUUGCGACAACGUGAGAUUAAGAGAUUGGUUUUUGUGGGAUUAACUGCCAACACGUGUCUUGAAUCUACUGCGCGCCAUGCCUACGAGUUGGGAUACCAGGUGACAAUGCUGAAAGACGCUACUGCUGGGUGGUCGAAAGAGCUUAUUGAUGCGGCAACGGACUUGAUUUGGCCAUUGUUUGCACAGGUUAUGACCGUGAAGGAUUGGGUGAAUGAAUGUUCUUGA